AUGAAUCUUGAGUCAACAAUGUAUAACAGCUUGCCGCGGUUGAAACGGAAGGAGACUUGGAAGCGAAAGAGUGGGCUGGACACAUGGUUCGGGCGGCCGAAGAAGGCGGGCGCGGGGCCGGAGCGCGGCUACGACACGGUGCCGCGCGCCGAGCCGCGCGCAGACGACGACGAACCCGCGCGCGAGUACACCAGCAAGAUCGACGCUCUGGACGACGCACAGCUCGAGCGGCGCUUUGAGGAGAUGCUGACUGACAUGAACAUCGGAGAGAAGAAGAAAGAGCCGCUACGGAAAUACUCAAGAGAUCAGAAGAAGAAGAUGCUAGUCGCCUACAAAUUUGUUAAUGCUCAGGAAGGUCGCUCAAAAUUCGAAAAGCCGUCCGAUUACGUUACAUACCUCAACCAGCCUGAGCUCUCGGUGGGCAAACUGCACAGCUGUCUGGAGAACUUGAGGAUAUCUCUCACGAACAACCCGCUCUCGUGGAUCGAGGAGUUCGGCGCCAAAGGCAUCGAGAGUUUGCUGACUACCCUCAAUGUGUGUUAUAUCAACGACUCCCGAUACGACCGCGUUCAGUACGAGUGCAUCCGAUGUCUGUCCGCCAUACUCAACAACACGGUCGGCAUCCGCGCCGUGUUCGAGUGCAGGGAGGCGCUGCCCGUGCUAGCUCGCAGCCUAGACGCAAGGAAGCCGCACUGCGCGCUAGAAGCCGCUAAGGUGCUGGCAGCGAUAUGUCUCAUACCGAACGGACACGAGAAGGUGUUGGAAGCGAUCACAAUGGCGGGUGAAUCGAGUCGGAAAGCGAGGUUGCUUCCCAUCAUCGAGGGGUUGGAAGCUAAGGCGCCUGAGAGUUUAAAAAAUGGAUGUAUGCAACUGAUGAACGCAAUAAUCACUGAACCAGAGGAACUGGAGUUCCGGUUACACUUGCGUAGCGAGUUCAUGAGGACGGGCCUUUGUGACUUAAUAGAUGACCUGCGAGCGGGCGCGGAAGAUGCCGGCCGUAAAAUACAAAUGAAUGUAUUCGACAGUCACGCGGCGGCCGACCAAGACGAAUACUUGGCCAAAUUCGAUGACGUCAGAGCCGAUUUCAACGAUGUUAACGAGUGCUUCGAGCUAGUUAAGAAUGUCGUGGUUGACUCGCCGGCCGAGCCUUACCUGCUGUCGAUAAUGCAACAUCUGUUGUUUAUUAGAGACGACGAGGAGAUCAGGCCAGCGUAUUACAAGUUGAUAGAAGAAUGUAUAACACAAAUUGUGUUACAUAAAAACGGCUACGACCCGGACUUUAGAUACACGCAGCGGUUCAAUAUUGACGUGCAGCCGCUCAUAGAUGGGUUAAUAGAAAAAUCACGCGCCGAAGAAGAGCGCAAAGUGGAAGAUCUGAACGCGAAGUUGGAGGCUGCUAUAGCGGCGAGGCAAGAAGCAGAGGCGCGGGCGGCCCACCUCGAGGACCGGCUGAAGCAGGCCAGCGCACCCACCGGCCCUGGGGGGGUCACGCAUGGCAAUAUAGCUGCUAUUGCUAAGUCGAUAGGUAGUCCAGGCGGCCCACCGCCACCUCCACCACCACCGAUGCCUGGAGGAGGAGGCCCCCCUCCACCGCCCCCGCCGCCUAUGAUGCCAGGUGGGGGCCUACCAGUGCCCCCUCCACCGCCUAUGCCAGGAGGCCCAAUGGGACCGCCGCCGCCUCCCAUGCCCGGCAUGGGACCGCCACCUCCGCCGCCUAUGAUGGGCAUGGGCCCUCGGCCGCCUCCACCCCCGGGCAUGAUGGGCCCUAUGGCGCCCAGGAUGCCUCAGCCAGACAUCCUGCCACACGGUCUGAAGCCCAAAAAGAAAUGGGAAGUGGAGGGACCACUCAAACGUGCCAACUGGAAGACCAUUGUGCCACAGAAGAUGUCGGAGAAAGCGUUUUGGCUUACGGUGCAAGAAGACAAGCUAGCGUCCCCGGAUAUACUCACAGGGCUUGCGGCGAAAUUCUCAAGUAAACCUGUCGCAAAGAGGAAGAAUGAGGAUAAUGUCGAUAAAGUUCACACACUAAAGAAGGUGAAAGACCUGAAGGUCCUCGACAGCAAGGCGGCGCAGAACCUGUCCAUCCUGCUGGGCGGCUCGCUCAAGCACAUGUCGUACGAGCACAUCCGCUCGUGCGUGCUGCGCUGCGACACCACCGUGCUCACUGCCAACGUGCUGGAUCUGUUGAUACAGUACCUGCCGCCGGCGGACCAGCUGAAGAAGCUGGCGGACCUGAAGUGCAAGAGCGAAGAGUUGACGGCAGCGGAGCAGUUCGCCGCGACGGUGGCCGACAUCAAGCGCUUGGUGCCGCGGCUGAGGAGUCUCGCCUUCCGGGAGCAUUACAGCGAGAUGAUAUCUGAACUUAAACCGGACAUAGUGUCUGGAACAGCUGCGUGCGAGGAAGUGAAGACGAGUCGGAAGUUCGCGAAGAUUCUCGAACUCCUGCUGUUGCUGGGCAACUACAUGAACACGGGCUCCAACAACGCGGGGGCGUUUGGUUUCGAAAUCAGUUUCCUAACCAAGUUGACGUCAACGAAAGAUCUGGAGAACAAACAAACCCUGUUGCACUACUUGGUGGAUACGAUAGAAGGCAAGUUCCCUGACGUGCUGGCCUUUGCUGAGGAGAUGCCGCACAUAGACAGAGCAGCCCGCGUGUCGAUGGAGAACCUGCAGAAGGCUCUGAAGAAGAUGGACAACGACAUCAAGGCUCUGGAGACGGACCUCAACAACUCGCGCGUACCUCAAGGUCCCGACGACCUGUUCCACGAGACCAUGAGUAACUUCGCCAAAGAGGCGCGAGAACAAUGCGACCUCCUCCACUCGAUGUUCCGUAAGAUGGAGGCUCUGUACUCGGAGCUGGCCGAGUACUACGUGUUCGACCCGCACAAGUAUACGCUCGAGGAGUUCUUCUCGGAUAUCAAAACUUUCAAGGACGCUUUUGCGACCGCUCACCAAGAGAAUGUGGUGGCGAGAGAGACGGAGGAACGAGCGCGGCGGGCGCGAGACGCGCGCGCGGCUGCUGAGCGCGAGCGACGCGACCGACAGCAUCGGUACAAGCAGUUCGUCGACAUGGAGCAGGCGCAGGACGGUGUCAUGGACAGUUUAAUGGAGGCGCUACAAAGCGGUUCGGCGUUCAGUCGAGAGCGUCCGCGGAAAAAGGCUAACCCUAGAGUAGCGGGAGCUGAACGGAGAGCACAGCUGAACCGGUCCCGGUCGCGGUCCGGACUGACCGGACUACUCACCACGAGAGAACUGACCAACGAGUUGCUGAGUAACGCGUGAUGGCUUUAACAGUGAUAUUAGUGCGAUAUACUAUAGUCUGUAAGUUAUUGUGUAUUAUGUUAUGCGCGGCGACUUUUCAUCGUCUUAGGGUGGGCGCACAUCUUGCGUUACGCAGCGUCCAUAUCAAACUACUAUUCAUAUUGCUGGCAUUGAAAUAGAGUCGAAAAUUAUAAAGUGACGAUAUUGUUAUAUCGG